AUGGCUUCUCCUGGGUCUGGCAUCGCUCCGCGUGGAAGGAGACAUUCGUCCGUUUCCUCGGGAGACGCGCACGAAGGCGAACAUGCAAGCCCAUCUAACCAUCUUCACCUUCCACCGAAUACCAACAGUGAAGGGCGGCACCUUUCCUCCUCGGUUGGUUCUACAGGCCACCGCGAACCCCUAAGGUCCUUUAUACACGGCUCUGUUAGGGAUCAUCUCGCCCCCUUAGAUAGCGUACAGUCUGCACGCUCCGUCCGUGAGGACACUGCCGAAUUAGCCAGCUACUUGCUUUCCGCCAAAAGAGACGGGCGACCUGCUCCAUUCCUAUCCCGGCCCCGAUCCGUUCCCUCCCAAGCAUCCAAACCGGACCGCGAAUUAUCCACUCCAGAGAUAGUUCGUCCGGGCCCUAGUCGCGCGAGAGCAUCCGAGAUUAUAGAUGAGGUAUCGGAGCCACCGUCCCCCAAGGAGACCGAUGACCAAGCUACGAGCGGUCCGUCAAUGCUCACCGCGAUGUUUAGAAGGUCACCGCCUGACCAGGCUUACAACAUACCGCCAAAGGAGGACCAAAUACACGAAGAUAGUUUCUCGGUCGAGGAAGGCGAGGAUGACGGCCAAUCCGACGUGAGGGUGUCCACUCCCGAGCCGCGACCCUUGCUAGCCCAUCGCGAUACGGGAGACGAAGCGAGCGAAGUGUCCCCAUUGCUACCUGCUCGAUCCCGAGAAAGCAGGGGAAGCUAUGGAAUCAGCAAUGGAGGCACAGGAUAUGAUGUGGAGGGUCAGAAGAGCCCACGCCAUACAAAGUGGCUGGGGAGGGCGGUCGACUCAAUCCGGAGAAAAGGAGUCCGAGUGGUUAGUAUUCUCCCGUCUGCGGAAAGUCCCAAGCACUGGGACCGCCACACCCUCUGGAGGAACUUGGUCGUAGCCCCAAUUGCCUGCCUUCCUGCAGUCAUCGUUGGGCUACUUCUCAAUAUUCUGGACGCAUUGUCAUACGGAAUGAUUCUCUUUCCCCUUGGGAGCCCGAUCUUUGCCGGCUUGGGGUCUGCCGGAAUAUCCAUCUUCUACGUCAGCACCAUCGUCUCACAACUGACCUUUUCGCUUGGAAGUAUAUUCAAGGGCGGCGUUGGCUCGGAGUUGAUCGAAGUAGUGCCUUUCUUCCACAGCAUGGCUGCCACCAUCACCGACAUAGUUGGAGAAGAUGACCCCGACGCAGUGAUUGCCACUACGAUCACUUCGUACGCGCUGAGCUCCAUGCUCACGGGUACCGUCUUCUACCUUAUGGGAAAGUUCAAAUUUGGCUACAUUGUGGGCUUCAUUCCCCGCCACAUAUUGAUCGGUUGCAUCGGCGGUGUUGGAUGGUUCCUGGUUGCAACAGGAUUCGAGGUAACGGCCCGGAUGGAUGGGAGCCUCAACUACGACAUCAACACUCUCAAGCGACUCAUUCAGGCCGACACGGUUCCCCUCUGGAGCAUCCCUCUUGUGCUGGCACUCAUUUUGUUUUACAGUCAAUCCAGGAUCACUUCUAAAUACUUGCUCCCUCUAUACAUCCUCUCCAUUCCCGCAGCUUUCUAUGCCAUCGUUGCUGCUCUAGGUUCAUUGAACCCGGAGCGACUGCGAGAUGGAGGCUGGGUCUUCGAAGGGCCCCCUGCUGGAGAGCCCUGGUGGUACUUCUACACACUGUAUAAGUUUGGCAAAGUUGAUUGGGGCGCUAUCGUACAAUGCAUUCCGGCCAUGUUUGCCCUGACCUUUUUCGGCAUUUUGCACGUUCCGAUCAAUGUGCCGGCGCUAGCUCUCAAUACCGGCGAGGAUCAUGCGAACCUUGAUCAUGAACUAAAGCUGCACGGGUACUCUAACUUCCUCUCCGGUUUGGCAGGUAGCAUCCAGAACUAUCUCGUCUACGCCAACAGUCUGUUUUUUAUGCGCUCAGGGGGCAACAGCCGACUGGCCGGCAUAGAGCUAGCGAUCCUCACCUUCCUGGUCAUGACAGUUGGACCCUCCUUGGUUGGCUUCAUCCCGGUUAUGAUGGUCGGCGUCCUCAUCUUUGACCUAGGUUUCGAACUCCUACUCGAAGCAGUGUGGCAACCGCGGAAGAAGCUGAAGCUGCUCGAGUACAUGACGGUGAUUGCCAUCGUCCUUAUCAUGGGGAUCUAUGACUUUGUCAUUGGGAUCGGAGUGGGAAUCAUCCUGGCAUUCGUCUCACUUACUGUCCAAACAUCAAGAGUUUCGGCCGUCCGGGCGAGCUACUCCGGCGAAGUGGUGGGCUCGACGGUCAGAAGGAACCCGACCCAACAACACUACCUCCAGCAAGUUGGUCGUCAAAUCAAUAUCAUUAAGCUCGCGGGUUAUUUGUUUUUCGGUACAAUCGUUAGCGUGGAAGAUAAAAUCAGGGCUCUUAUCACGGACGAGGAGUUCAGCCGACACCCAAUCAAGUUCCUCAUCCUUGAUCUCUGGUUGGUGACGGGUCUCGACUACUCAGCAGGAGAGGGCUUCAAGACGAUCAGCCGUCUACUGAACGGCAAGAACAUUGAGCUUAUCCUCAGUGGAGUUGAAGCGGAACUGCCCCUCGGUCGGAGCCUGCGGGCGGUUGGGCUGGGCGAGGAUGGCGUGGAGGUCAAACUGUUGCCCAACCUCAACUCUGCUCUCGAGUACUGCGAAAACGAACUCCUCAAGACGUUAUAUAGCGAUCUAGAAGACUCGCAGAGCUCACAUAGCGUCUCAGCAGCCAACUUGGAUGUUCCAGGGUCGCCAGACGUCAAUCCGCUAACAGGGGAUAUGCUCGGCUCAUCCCCUCGUCGCAAUCUCCUCCGCGAAGCCGCGCGUAAGUCGCUUGGGCAGGUCGAAGUGAAGCGCAUGUCACGCUGGCAGAGUUUCAAGGAACCUCUCCGGCUGCUGUUGCAAAUCUUUCGGGACGUGAGCGACAAGAACGAGGACUUUUGGUUCCGCGCCGUCGGCUACUUCCAACGCCGCGAGUACGCGGCGGGCACGGUCCUGUUCCGGCGCGGCGAGCGCGCAGAAAGCUUUUACCUGCUCGAAUCGGGCAUCCUGAGGGCCGAGUACGACCUGCCGCAGGGCUGGCUGCUUGAAAGCAUCGUGGCCGGCACGACGUGCGGGGAGCUGCCGUUCUUCUCCGAGACGAACAGGACGGCGACGUGCGUGGUGGAGCGGGACUGUGUGGUGUGGCUGAUGGACAAGGAGAACUGGGAGAGACUGCAGAAGGAGGAGCCCGAUGUGGCUCAGGAGCUGCUGCGAAUCUCGCUCAAACUGACGAGCGAGCGGAUGGGAGUAAUCACGUCGUAUACCCUCACCAUGGCCGGGUAA